AUGGCUGCCGACAAGCUUUCUGUCCAGGAUUCCUUCCAGGAACCCCGAACUCCUGAAAGAAGUUACACUGGGCCAUCUGGCACUACCCUCAGUAAAGGCAUGAAAGAUGCAUCUAAAAUUGCACCAUCCAUGAAAGAUUUAUCCAUGGAGAGUAAAUCAGAACGUCCAUGCGGAAACGUCAACCAUGACGAUGAAGAAAACUUGUUGCUCUCUCAGAGAUCUCAGGUCUCGGCCUCUCGCUCUACCUCAUGUUCCAUCGACAGUAACAAGCGCUCUCGGAUCCCGAUGGCUACUUACCACCUCAGAACACCGGCAGGGCCAUUUCCACUGGAAAGAGAGAUGCAGACUCCCAGCACACAGCGCAGUGCAAAACCUGUGCCGGUUCAAAAACGCAGUGCACCGUCUCCUGCUCGUGCCUAUGAAGCCACACUUACAGAGCCAUAUACCGGAAAAGCUCCUUUUGUUAAGGCUCCUUCCACUCUUAGUACCCAGUCAUCAGAGGGAUUGUUAGGUGCUACUACGUCCAAUGUCGUUCCUGCUACUGGGAGAGAGCAUACUCUAUCUACCUACUCGUCUGAUGAUGAUUGGAAUAUCGAUGAGGAGACUCCGAAGCCACGACGUACCGUCUAUACCGGCGAGUAUCGUACCCCUGUGGCCGAAAGAACUGCCCAGCGCAUCCAUGGUCCAAGACUGAGAAUCUCUUCAUCCGCAGAUGAGGUGUUGAGAGAGAUCCAAUCUAUUGACAAGUCAUCCUCAUUUGAAAGAGGACAAGAUGGCAUUGGUGAUACUCCGGGCAAUUGUCGUCACCCCGUCAAUUCGAAGGAGCAAGAAGGUUUCGAGUCAUGCUUGGAAACUCAAGGGUUGGGCAAAGAAACCGAGGCCUAUGAAGGUAAAUCAGCGGCUGCAGCCCCGAAGAGCGUGCUGUCAGGGCAGAUCCGGUCACAGGCUUCGGUGACCAAAGCUUCUCCUCUCGAAUUGCAAAUAAAUGACAAUCUGCUUCCCAUUGCAUCUCCAUGUUUGGAGAAGGGACAAGAUCAGACUCCGCCCAGUAAUGAAAGUCAUCACGAUACUCAGCACAUUGCGGACUCUCACAUCGGUUCUACAGUUGAAUCUUUCAGAGUUCAAAGAACCGGUCUUCACUCACACCCCGUCAGAUCAUCAUCAGUGGAGGCGAUGUACGAGUUCCCAGUCCAGGGCACUGAUCCUCUCAAAUCGAACCCUUCAAAUGAAACUGAUCAAGCUGCGACAUUCGAGAAUAUUGAGAACCCGAGGACCUAUAUCGACGUAAGGGUACAAAAUCCUGCCCCGCGCAGCGAGAGGAAGACUUUCAGUAUUCGAAACAUGUUCAAGCCUCGCGCUGGUGCUGACAAAGAGCUCAUAAAUCCCGACAAUGGUGGCAGCACUCAAAAGACCCCAGUAACUGCGAAGCCAAUUCGAAAGGCCGUGAGUAGCAAGAAUCUUGGCACAGCCAUGAAGCCAUCGGGUCUUGGAUGGAGCAUAACUCAUUCAGGCAAGACUCGCACCGGUCAAAUCUCGAGUCCGAUACAGAUACCUCCCGAGCAGCUUCCUGCUGGCUAUAAGCCACUCCCUGGUCCUAGCGCCCCUAAUUUGGUGAACGUGGAACGAACUUUGCCUACGAAUACCACGGUCCACACGCCCACGGCCGCUGGGUCCCGAUCACGCAGACACGUUGUCACAUCUUCUAGCGGAAGCCCUUACCUUGCCAGACAAGCGUCGGAACUUUCAAGCAAGUCUGUCCUGACCGCAGCUUCUCCUUCGAGAAUCCCUGUUCUGGUCCACACUGGUGUUCAAACGGAGAACAGGCUUGUCAAGCAACGUGUCGGAGUUCACGAUGGAGUACUUGAUCACUUCAUCAAGAAGUACGGUGGGGGGGCUAUGACCCCCCCCCAGCGGGACACUUUCUUGCGGGCGGCUGUAGCCCUGAUACAGCACCUUGAGGGCGUCGGGGCUGCCCAGAAAGCCCUGGGCGAGGCGAUUGCCUCGAAAGACAAGAGGCAGUCAGAGAAGGAGGCUGCUGAGGAAGCCCUUGAGCUGUUGUACGAGCAGCUCGGGGGCUUCCUCAGCUAG